GUAACGUUCUCUUUGCGCUUUCUUUUAAAUCCAUCCAGUCCUUUCUUUGCUCCUUUCUUUACUUUAGUGAAAUUGCUGCUCAAGGACCUCUCAACAAUUCACCUCCCUGCCUCGGCGCAAUGGAUCCCUCUCCAAAAGCUCUGAUCCGACUCCUCGUGCCUCGCAUACCUUUGAUCCUGAAGACUGCUCUUCUCAAUGCCCUGUCGUGGUCUAAGAACUCGUCAAAGCAAGAUGCAAAGACCGAAGUUGCCGUUGUUAUCCUCCGAUCCAUGCUCCAAGUCAGAAAGCCCAUGCGGUUCUUGCAGAAGAUCUCGACACGAGACCCUGGCGUCAAAGGUCCUAUACUGGUGUCCAAGGCGACUAUCCCCGCUCCAAGUGACGAUGCUAUAAGGGAUCUUGUGGACAAAGCGAUCAAAGAGCUGGGAAGUGGCUUGGAAACAUACAUCCUCCCAGAGCUCGCGGCAGUCGAGGCUGAAUGGAAUGGCUACAAAGCUGGAGUCCCUCCCAAAGAAUCCAGAGCUGAUUUACCUGAGUCGGAGCAUUAUAAGAGCCUGAUGGAGACCGUCUCUUCGUCUACGACUAUACUAUACUUUCACGGGGGCGCCUAUUUUCUCAUGGACCCAGCCAGUCACCGGGAGACUGCUUCUCGGCUUGCGAAACUGACGGGUGGGCGCUGUUAUUCGGUUCGUUAUCGUCUGGCACCGCAAUAUCCAUUCCCUGCACAGCUGCUUGACGCAUUAGUGUCCUAUCUCUCACUGUUAUCGCCCCCUGCAGGGAUGUACCAUGAGCCUGUAGCAGCCAGGAAUAUUGUCUUCGCAGGGGAUUCAGCUGGGGGAAACCUCGCUAUGGCGCUAAUGUUGCUGCUCUUGACCUUUCAGAGAAUGCGUGUCACGCACAUUAACUUUCAUGGCGCUGAAGUGGCACUCGAGCUUCCAGGUGGCGUUGCCGUCAAUUCUCCUUGGGUCGAUAUUGGACGUUCUAUGCCAUCCAUCGAUAAGAACGCCCACUUCGACUACCUGGAUCCUCCCAGUGCUGUCGGCGUAUCCAAAGGAGAACCAGUUCCAGAUGACCUGUGGCCAGCAUCUCCCCCACGAGCAGAGAUUUUCUGCAAUGCCUCAAUGAUGGUGCACCCUCUGACCUCCCCACUAUCUGCAUCUCCUGAACUCUGGAAAGGAAUGCCACCUACCUUCAUGUGCCUGGGCAAUGAAGGACUUGAAGAUGAAAUCACCGUUCUUGCACGCAGAAUGCAUCAGGCCGGUGGAGUAGUGGAAUUCGCGGGCUACGAAGGGAUGCCACAUUGCUUUGCCAUGAUAUUCGUAAACACGCCCAUGGCCAGAGAUUGCUUUGAGCGAUGGGCAAGAUUCUGCUCCAAUGUCGCGCAAGGUAGCGGACCCAGCUCUAGCAAAGCCACCUGGGCCAAAGCAUUCUCUCAUCCGCCCAACCAUCAAGAGCUGGAAAUGGACAAGAUAAGUACGCUCAGUGACAAUGAUAUCCUGGACAGCAUGAAGAGAAGGCAAGAGCAUGCUUUGAGUAGAGAAGAGGAGGCUGUCAAGAGAUGGAGCGAGCAACAAUCGAGGGCUAAAUUGUGAGAGUGCGGUCUUGCAGCUGUGUUACGGUAGGAAAACAAGCCCUGGUUUUACAACUUGGCCUUGCUUGAAGUGUCGAUACGCGGUCUCGACCCAGUGUCGACCUCGCUGUACCACGGAUAGAACGGAGGCCCGUCUUUUUCGAGGGAGGCGGAGAAAUUCGGCUCUCGCUUUUGCAGGAAACUUUGCACGCCCUCUUGACAGUCCCUACGGCCGUCAGUGAUGGAUUUCUCGACCUUGAAGGGCAACCUACUUGUUGGCAAACAUGUGGUACAGCACAGCGCUGUCGAGCAGAUGGGUCUCUUCAGCUGACGGCUUGCCUCUCCACAUCAACUCGCGGUUCAAGAACCCAGCCAAGAUACUCGUUUUGUCCGCAAUGCUUGUAGCCAGCUCCAGUGCCCUCUUCAGUACACCCUCUCGAUCCUCUACGAUUUCCUGAAACAAACCUCCAAAGUGUUUGGAGUCUCCACGAUACACGUCGCCCGUGGUCAGAAGAUACACAGCAUUCGAAUAUCCAAUCAGCUUGGGCAAGAAGAAAGAACUGUUCGAUUCCAUCGUGAUGCCGCGUCGGGCGAAAACGAAGCCAUACUUUGACGACGUGUGGGCAAUGCGUAUGGCAGCAGACAGUCCCAUGGUCAUGCCCAGACCGACUGCAGACCCGUUCAUCGCCAUGAUGGUUGGUUUUCGGCACCGGUAAAUGCACAGGUUCAAGCGCCCUCCACUAUAUGUAUACUGUCAGUCGAAAUGGAUGGUUCUGGGAAUGAAUGGACACGGACGGAUCACGGUGAUGGACCAAUUUCUCCCUCUCACCGCCGCUUGGGAAACCGAUGUCGAGAUCAGCACCUGCGCAGAAAGUCCUCCCUGCGCCGGUGAUGACGAUGCAUUUGACUCGCUCAUCCAGGUCGAACAUGGGGUAGGCUAGCUCGAGGUCGUACAUCAUCUGUAUGGUGAAGGCAUUGCCUUGUUUGGGACGGUUGAGCGUAAUGACUAUGACGGCGGUGGCUUCAGGGGCAUGUUCUGGAUAGUGGGAGAUCUUGAUGUCCCUGACGGGCAGAGUCGAGUACGACUUGGGGAUCUGGACUUCGACUGGAUCGGGCAGCAUUCUGGAUACCUGACAUUUACAAUACAAAGGUUGGGGAGGGAUGAUCCGAUCAGUACAUAAGAAGGUCGGGGCACACAGAUAUAUUAUAGAAAGUACUGAUGCCAGCCGUCAAUCUCGAAUGCGGAGCGGUAUUAGCUUUCUGCAGCAGUCUAUAGUGAACAUGCAGAGCCUCGGG